AUGACUGCGAGUGCAUCUUGGGUAGCGUUCGGCUUCUCUGAUUACGGAAAUCUGAUAGGAUCUGAUUUAUGCAUUUUCACGCCAUUUAAUCAAAUCGAAGACGGCAGAAUGAAAAUUAAUAAUCAAAUAUAUAGGACAACCGAAGACCAAAAAGGAUUUAUUGCCAUAGACUCUCAUGUGGACUCAAACGGAUAUCUAAAAGAAGAUUUUCAUCAAAAUUAUAUUCUAGAAAGAGUUCUCAGCCAAGGUAAUGACAGAUAUUUUAUCGUUAGCCGCAAAUUCAACACUUGUGAUAAGAACUACGAUUAUACUUUGGAUAGAGGUACAACCCAUGUCUUAUAUAUCUCAGAAUCCAUUCAUCCAAUUCUAUUCGAUGCCUCAAUACAUUCAAACAAUUUAUUCCCUAUGGCAAAAGAGAGUAAAAGUGGUUUCCAAUGGGGGUUUAACAGGGCCCAAUUACUUAAAUCCCAAAUAGUUACGGGUAAAGUGACAAGUGAAACUAAUGACACACAUAUUUUCCACAUUACAUUUGAUAAAGCUCCAGUACCAGCUAAUUCGACAACUUACUGGAAAAAAUUGAUCAAAUUGCCCGAAUAUUUUUCAAAAAAGCAUCAUAUCAUAAAGUACCAAAGCAAAAUAUCAAAAGAAACCGAAAAUGUUGUUCACCAUCUUAUGCUUUUCCAUUGUCAAAUUCCGAAAUUCAUUAUCCCCGAUUUCUAUGAGGGUCCAAGUGACACUCCAAAUGAGCCAAAAUUAUAUAAAAAAUGCAAGAAGGUUAUCGUUGCUUGGGCGAUGGGGGCUCAACCCUUCAUUUUUCCGCAAGAAGCCGGGUUAACCCUGGGCGGUUCCGAUCAAUCCCUGUAUGUUGUAUUGGAAGCACAUUUCAAUAAUCCAAAUAAUUAUGAUGGUAUUUUAGAUUCUUCUGGAUUUUCCAUCUAUUUAACUUCAAAACUAAGAAAAUAUGACACUGGUUUUUUGGAAAUUGGCUACGAAUAUAGUCCGAAACUAAUGAUACCACCAGGGCAAGAAAAAUUUUUGGUACAUGGAUAUUGCGUUCCAGAGUGUACGAACGGGGGAAUCCCAACAUCUGGCAUAACAGUCUUUGCUAAUCAAUUCCACACUCAUCUACUUGGCAAGAAGAUUAUAGCUCGCAUAAUUAGGAAUGGCGUCGAGAUAGGCGAAUUGAAUCGUGACAACCAUUAUAGCCCUCACGCUCAGGAAAUACGACUCUUGCCCAAAAUUGUCACCCUAUAUCCGGGAGAUCAAUUGAUAGUUACUUGCUUCUACGAUAGCUCAAUGAAAAAAAUCAUAACAAACGGAGGACUAGCUACAACCGAUGAAAUGUGCAUCACUUACUUGUUUUAUUACCCGAGAGUGAAUCUUGAAAGAUGCAGAAGCUCUAUUUCAAUCGAAACUUUAAACAAAUUCUUUGCAUAUAAGUAA